AAGGCUGGGGGAGCCAAGCCCGUGCUUCUCUCUUUCUGUGUCUCAUUCACAAGAUGGCGGAGGCUGCAAACUGCAUCAUGGAGAAUUUUGUAACCACGCUGGCUAAUGGGAUGAGCCUGCAGACACCGCUAGAAGAUGUCUCGUGCACCCAGCCAGAAAGCAGCGGCAAGCCAACGGCGGAGGAGAUGACCUCCAAGGAUUACUAUUUUGAUUCUUACGCCCACUUCGGGAUCCACGAGGAAAUGCUGAAAGAUGAGGUGCGCACGCUGACCUACAGAAACUCCAUGUUUCACAACCGGCACCUCUUCAAAGACAAAGUGGUCCUAGAUGUUGGCAGCGGGACCGGAAUCCUCUGCAUGUUCGCAGCCAAGGCUGGUGCCAAGCGGGUCAUUGGGAUUGAAUGCUCCAGUAUCUCUGACUAUGCUGUCAAAAUUGUCAAAGCCAACAAACUCGAUCAUGUGGUGUCCAUCAUCAAGGGCAAAGUGGAGGAGGUGGAGCUGCCCGUGGAGAAGGUGGACAUCAUCAUCAGUGAGUGGAUGGGCUACUGCCUCUUCUACGAGUCCAUGCUCAACACUGUCAUCUACGCCCGGGACAAGUGGCUGACCCCCGAUGGACUCAUAUUUCCAGACCGUGCUACACUGUACAUCACAGCUAUUGAAGACCGGCAGUACAAAGAUUACAAGAUCCACUGGUGGGAGAAUGUCUAUGGCUUUGACAUGUCCUGCAUCAAAGACGUGGCGAUCAAGGAGCCCCUGGUGGAUGUUGUUGACCCGAAGCAAUUGGUCACCAAUGCUUGCCUCAUCAAGGAGGUGGAUAUCUACACGGUGAAGGUGGAAGAUCUCACCUUCACAUCACCCUUCUGCCUCCAAGUGAAGCGCAAUGACUACAUCCAUGCCCUGGUCGCCUAUUUCAACAUAGAGUUCACUCGUUGCCACAAGCGCACUGGAUUCUCCACCAGUCCCGAAUCUCCCUACACCCAUUGGAAGCAGACAGUCUUUUACAUGGAGGACUACCUAACAGUGAAGACGGGAGAGGAGAUAUUUGGCACCAUUGGCAUGAAGCCGAACGCCAAGAACAAUCGAGACCUGGACUUCACCAUCGACCUGGACUUCAAGGGCCAGUUGUGUGAGCUGUCUUGCUCAACGGAUUACCGGAUGCGUUAGCCCAGCCACCCCUUGCCAGAUUUUUUUUUCUCCUCCUCCUCCUCCUCCUCCAACUGACCUUGCAACCCAGAGCUAACCCUCCCUGUCGUCCUGUUUAAGUUGGUGUCUCACUAAUUCAUUUCAUUGUGUAGUUCCUUGUUGCUGCGACUCUGGGCCAGCAAGGGGAGGGUCAGUAUUAGAGGCUAGGGGGAAAUAGCCAAGACCCCCCCCUCAAUCCUGUUGCCCCUCAUUUUCAAAUCUCCUUCCCCACCCGCAACCAACCUCCCCUCCUCCAGGCCAGGAGCCAAGGCUGUUAGCACAACUGAAGACACAGGUGGUUUGUCCAUCCGUCCGUUUGUUCUGAGGCCCGAGUGCCGACAGCAGACUUCCAUCAUGAAUUUCUUUUUUAAAAAUAAUAUUUUUUUUUUGGUUAGUUAAAUCAUUGUUGGUAUCACCUGCCAAACUGUGUUGCCCAGGAUCCUCGUCCCUCCUCUUGCCCUGUUUUCUGGAGUAACUGCUCCUGACACUAUCCUCUGCUCCAGUGUAAACGCUGCUCAGUUUUUUUUGAAGGGUACACACUUCUAUCCUGUGCCCAAAUGGGGGUGGGAGAGGGGGUUCCCAACAGGUUUUUAUCAAGAGGGCACGUGGAGGGGUGUGGGUGGAAAAGGCAUCUCCAUUUUGUGAGUGUUUUUUCCCCCACUGACGGUUUUGUACUCCCCCCCCCCUUUAACAAUUCCCUGUUCGGAUCUGUGGGAGGGAGUUGUGUGGGGUUUUUCUUUUUCUUUUUUAAAUCCCUUGCCCCUUCGAAAUCUGACAUCGUGUGACUGUUUCAUAACUUAUGGUUUUUAUAUGGUUACAUUCAUGAGGGAAAAAAUAAUAAUAAAGAAGUUGAAACCA